CGUGGUCUGGGCGUGGCCUCGCGGAGGCGGAACUCCGGCCGCGGUAUUUCCGGAGCCGCGCUGCUCACGCAGCUGGCUUCGGGCUCAAGUCUGCGGCCUCCCGGCUCCCGGCGUGGACGCCAUGGUGCUGUUCCCGGUUAUCGGGAAGCUGCUGCACAAACGCGUGGUGCUGGCCAGCGCCUCUCCACGCCGCCAGGAGAUCCUCAGCAACGCGGGUCUCCGGUUUGAGGUGGUCCCCUCCAGGUUCAAAGAGAAGCUGGACAAAGCCUCCUUCGCCACGCCGUAUGGGUACGCCAUGGAGACCGCCAAGCAGAAGGCUCUGGAAGUGGCCAACCGCAUGUACCAGAAGGACCUGCGAGCCCCGGACAUGGUCAUCGGAGCAGACACGAUUGUGACCGUGGGGCGGCUGAUUCUGGAGAAGCCGGUGGACAAGCAGGACGCCUACAGAAUGCUGUCACAGUUGAGUGGCAGAGAACACAGUGUGUGCACAGGUGUGGCGAUCGUCCAGUGCUCCAGCCAAGACAAUAAGCUGGACACCAGGGUCUCGGAAUUCUACGAGGAAACGAUGGUGAAGUUCUCGGAGCUGUCGGAGGACCUGCUCUGGGAAUACAUCCACAGUGGGGAGCCCAUGGACAAGGCAGGCGGCUACGGGAUCCAGGCUCUCGGCGGGAUGCUGGUGGAGUCGGUGCACGGGGACUUCCUCAAUGUCGUCGGCUUCCCGCUCAACCACUUCUGCAAGCAGCUGAUACAGCUGUACGACCCGCCCCGGCCGGAGGACCUGCAGCGUGUCAAGCACGGCUCCAUCCCGGCCGUGGACACCUUCGAAGACCUCAGUGACGUGGACGAAGGCGGCCCGGCGCCCACUCGGAGGGACAAGGCUGAGGCUGGAGUGGCCAGAGACGCCACAGCAGAGGCUGAGGGGAACAGGACCUGUGAGACCCUGCCCCCGUUCCCCACACGCCUCCUGGAACUCAUCAAUGGCUUCAAAACAUCGAAGGCCCUAUUCACCGCCUGCAAGCUGAAGGUGUUUGAUCUGUUAAAAGACGAAGCUCCCCAGAAGGCCGCGGGCAUUGCCAGCAAAGUGGACGCCUCUGUGUGCGGCACGGAGAGGCUUCUGGACUUCUGCGCAUGCCUGGGGUUCCUGGAGAAGUCAGAGCAAGGUUACAGUAACACAGAGGCGGCAAACCUCUACCUGACGUCGGAUGGUGACUGGUCUCUUCAUGGCUUCAUCAUGUACAGCAGUGAGGUCACCUGGAACCUCUUUACGCACCUGGAGUUCGCCGUCCGAGAGGGAAGAAACCAGCACCACCGGGUGCAGGGGAAGAAGGCGGAAGAUGUGUUCCAGCAACUCAGGAGGCCGAGGCAGGAGAAUCGCUUGAACCCGGGAGGCGGAGGUCGUAGUGAGCUGAGAUUGCGACAUUGUACUUCAGUCUGGGACACAACAGCAAAACUUCAUCUGAAAAAAAAAAAUAAGAAACCAGAAUUUCCUCCCAGAAAGGGGUUUGGAGGCCGUACGUCGGAACUCACACCUGGAAUCCCUGCACUUUUUGAGACGAAGUUGGGAGGAUGGUUUCAGCCCAGGAGUUUGAGACCAGCCUGGCCAACACAGUGAGACCCCAUCUCUAUAAAAACAAUGAAAGAUGAGGACGGGCUUGGUGGCAUGAGCCGGUCAUCCCAGCCAGCUUGGGAGGCCAAGGUGGGAUGAUCACCUGAGGUCAGGAGUUCGAGACCAGCCUGGCCAACAUGGGGAAACCCCAUCUCUACCAAAAAUGCACAAAAUUAGCCGGGCUUGGUGGCGGGCCUGUGAUUCCACCUACUCGGGAGGCUGAGGUGGGAGAAUCGUUUGAACCCGGGAGGCGGAGGCUGCAGUGAGCCAAGAUCCCAUUCAUCUCCACACAGGCUGGAGAUACUCUUGUCUCUCUGUUUCUGUGUUUCUGUCAAGAACACAGAGAGACUGAGACAGGGAGGCAGAGACAGGGAGGCUUGGAGAGACAGAGAUAGAGGCAGAGAGAGAGACAGAAGGAGAUGGAGAGAUAGAAAGAGAACAGAGAGGGAGACAGACGCACAGAGGGACACACAGACUCACAGAGGGAGACAGAGACAUGGAGGCUUGGAGGGACAGAGAUAGAGGCAGAGAGAGACAGAAGGAGACAGAGAGAUAGAGAACAGAGACAGCGAGACAGAGACACACAGAGGGAGACAGAGAUAGGGAGACAGGCAAGGAGGCUUGGAGGGACAGAGAUAGACGCAGGAAGAGACAGAAGGAGAUGGUGCGAUAGAGAACAGAGACAGCGAGACAGAGACAAACAGAGGGAGACAGAGAUAGAGGCAGGAAGAGACAGAAGGAGAUGGUGCGAUAGAGAACAGAGACAGCGAGACAGAGACACAGAGGGAGACAGAGAUAGGGAGAUAGACAAGGAGGCUUGGAGGGACAGAGAUAGAGGCAGAAAGAGACAGAAGGAGAUGGUGAGAUAGAAGGAGAACAGAGACGAAGGGAGACAGAGUGACACAGAGACAGAAGCCAGCAGUGGAGAGAGAAGCCGAGAGGCGCAGACAGGGGCCCCGAGCCGGAGUGAGCAGCCAGCCUGGGCCUCGAGGAGGAUGCCCUGACUCUGUCGCUGCCGCCUGCCAAGGGGAGAGCCUGGGAGGCCACGAGGGAUUUGGGGAGCCAGGGUGGAGGGUCUGUCCCCUGGGAGCCAGGCUCAGGAGCAGGCUGGGCAGGGCUUCCUUGCCCAGGGGGGACAAGGCACAUCCAGGGUGGGAGUGGUGAGCGCAGCCCUGACCAGGACUGACCUGGGUUCCUCUGUGGCCGGGGUGGGUACCACCAUGAGACCUGGGGCAGCUAAGAGGACCAUAUUCUCUGUCCGGGAGGACCCCCCUCUGCUUCCCUCUCCCCGGUUUUCCACGUUGAGAUGUCCGUGGGUGACCCGGAGCUUCCAGGGUGAAAAGCCUCCUUGUCUGGGAAACUCGGAUGCUUGCAGGUCACGCCGUGUGUGGACCCAGUGAUUCCAAGGAGAUCACCUCCAAUUUGGGGGUCCUCUGUCCCCAGCCUUGGCACAGACAUGGGUGCCCCACGCAGCUGUGCCAUGAAGCCCCCUCUGCAGCGCAGGCGCCAGGGCCUGUGUGUUUUCUGCCUGGGGACAGGCCGAGCGAGCCCCCGGCCCGUGCGCCCCUGAGCCCCCGCUGUG